UGGCGGGGGGACCGUUAACGUUUGAAUAGCUGCGGGUAAAAACAGCGGCAGAUGACAGCGGCAACUUGUGGCGUUACAUCGUACCAGAAGAAAAACAUACUCACUAAGACCAGACCGAAGGUUUUCUCUACACCGGUUCAGAGGGUUUGUCACUAACCGAAGAUGUCGAAGAAGCAGAUUUACUACUCUGACAAGUACAACGACGACGACUUUGAAUACAGACAUGUGGUGCUUCCAAAGCAGCUGUCCAAACUGGUGCCCUCCGCCCACCUGAUGACAGAAGAGGAGUGGAGGGGCCUUGGUGUGCAGCAGAGCCAGGGCUGGACUCACUACAUGAUCCACAAACCAGAACCACACAUACUGCUUUUCAGGAGGCCUUUGCCGAAGGAGUAAGAAGAUGCACUUGUAUGAUUGUUUAUUUGUAUUGUCUUUCGACCAUACAUUAUUUCCUAUCUGUUGAAUAUGUGUAGAAAGUGUCAACUUUUGUUCUUUCAGUCUUCCUCAGUUUUUAGAGGUAAUGAGAGGCAUAUAUCUUUAUUCCAUUGUGAAUGGUGCCCAUAUAAUUAAUUUGCCGAAGUGAAUUGCCUGUCAGUUCUUUAUUUUUAAUGUUUUUAUUUUCGCCAUUUUCUAUAUUUUCUUAUUUACUGAGUCGUCAUGAGGGCAUAGGAUUAUUUUAUUCUAGAGCCUGGUAAUUUUCCAAGUGUGAUUUCUGUGUCUGGACAUUUUAUGUUCUCUCUAUUACUGACUGUUUUGUAUAUAUGAUACUUCUAGAUAUUUUAUUUUCACUGAGUUGUGAAUGGUAUAAGCUUGUUGUCAUAGAAGAAACAAAAUAAAUUGUGUUAUCUUUAAAUCUCAAA